AUGUCGACCCCAUCCCCGAUCUAUAUGCCGCCCCGUGGUGACGAAACGGCACCAACGUUCGACCCAUCGAAGCCUCGAGAGCUCCGGCGCUACUUUCGCGACCUCGAGUUUCUUUUCGACUACGCCCAAGUCACGGACCACGCUGCACGCAAGAAACACGCAACCCGUUAUGUUGAUAUCGACGUCGCCGACCUGUGGGAGUGCAUCACCGAAUUCUCGAGUGCCGACGCCACCUACAAUGAGUUCAAGACCGCCGUAAUCAAGCUGUACCCUGAGGCCAAUGAGGACUUCAAAUUCUCGCUUUCGGACAUGGAUCACGUCGUCGACAGCCGCCUUCGACUUGGGAUACAUUCACUCAACGACCUCGCCGACUACCACCGUGAAUUCGCAGCCGUUACGAUCUUUCUCGUCACCAAAGGACGCCUCGCCACGAUGGAGCAAGAACGUGCAUUCGCCCGAGGAUUCCAGCCCAAUUUCUGGUUGCUCGUUGCUCGACGCCUGCAAAUCAAGGACCCGGAUCACUCCCCAGACAUGACAUACACCAUCGAGAAUGUUAUGGACGCCGCGCGCUUCGUCCUUCGUGGAUUUUCUAGCACUAUUCCAUCACCCUCGCCCACAGCAACGACUCCGACGACUUCUCCGCCACCAGACUCUGUCAAACUCGAAGCUCUUGGUCCCAUCUUCUCAGAACUCACCAAGACGAUCGUCGAAGCCCUUCAGCAGUCGAACCAGCCUCGCCAGCCUCGUUCGUCGUCGUCUCUGACCCCGGUAGCUUGCAAGUUUUGCGGAAGCGCUCAUUUCAUGCAGGAUUGUGAUCUCGUCAACGAGUACUCUCGCACUGGCAAGUGUAGGCGAAACGUCGAGGGAAAGGUUGUCCUUCCGUCAGGAGCUUUCGUCCCUAAGGAAAUCCCCGGCCAUUUACUCAAGGAUCGCGUAGACGAGUGGCAUCGUCGAAAUCCGAACCAGCUCGCCACUGGCACCCUUUUUCACUCGACGGCACCACCCUCCAUCAUUGAAUAUUCGCCCUCGUCCACUGCGACUCGAUCUACACACCAGACCUCGAAGAAGGAUCGCAUCGCCGCCAUCGAAGCCGAGUUACUCGCCCUCCGUGCUCGACAACCACCCAGUUUCGUGCCCGCCGCCCAAAUGCUCGCUCAGACACCUCGUGCCAUUUUCCAGGAUGAAGGAGAAGUUGCUCCGACCGCCCCGCCGCUUCCUGACGCCCCUGUGCUUGCCGCUGACCGAGAUAUCGCUCCAGAACGCACCAUUCGAGACGCACCAGACGCCGUCUGUGUAUAUUCGCAAGAAAAGACCAUCGACGCCGCACUCGAGCAAGAAACGCCCAAGAAACUCGGCAUCACGUAUCUCAUGUUACCACCCAUGAACGACAUCGAAUCGGCGCCCGCCAACUGCGACAUUUUGUCGAGUACUACGCCCGUCAUUACCCUGCACGAGUUCCCGUCCCUAUCCCCCGAAAUUCGACCUCAUAACUCCGAAACUAUGACCACACGAUCCCAGACAACCCAGGAGACUCGUAGACAAGCUGCUGCACUCAAAGAGAACGCCGCCACUACGACACCGCCCGAACACGCUUCCAACUCGUUCCAUAUCACCCAUUCAAACAUCGCACUCGCCUCCACUCGAUAUCCCAGCCCACCAGACGCAUCCGUCACCAAUUUCGACAUAUACAAGCCCUCCUAUCACACUCUCUAUCCCGACGACACUCCCGAUCCCAAUAGCCCCAUUAAAUUGAAGACUUCGGCCACUUUCUGCUCCUAUGUCCCUCUAGACAACGAAAAUCGACGCCUCGAACGCCUUCUCGACCCCGGCGGUCAAAAUUUCGACUCUCAGCCUUUCAUUUCCCCAACAGCAAUUGUUCACGACGAUCCGCCGCAGCCACACACGUCUCGACAACCAACGCCACCGCACACGCCGCUACUGCACUUCACAAACAGUCAAAAAGUCUCGAAGCAUUUCGUUCCCAAGUAUCUGUCGCCCGCCAAUGGCCCGCCCCUCGAGAACACGUCCGGACAACACGAGACUGUGCUCACAUCCUCGGUACACUCGUUCGCUGCCAUUGUGCCUAGGAAUCUUUUUGUUUUAGGAUACGCGCUCGCUAUUUCGGUCCUCGCGUCAUUAUUCUUAGCAGCCAAGACACCGCCCGUAGCCCCAGCAAAUCCGACAACACAUUCCUCGACCGCCGAAUCGCCGCCGUUCAUAUUUUUAGUUCUUUUUCUCGUCCUUCCUUCCCUCUUCAACUUCUCGAUGAUCCCCUUGGCCUUUCGCACUCCCGUGUUCAAGAUAUUUAGACAUCGACCGCCUUCGACCCCUACAACAACAUUGACAUCUCUUAUUUUGGCGCUUUCGAAGAUUAGAAGGCACGGUUCCUAUUUCAGUAGGGAGGACCUCGGCCUCAACACACCUCCAGCUUCCACUCGAUCCUUCGACUUCGUGUUCCCGACUUUUGCCUUCGACAACAACCCCAUCUCCAUCGUUCCCAUUCUAUUUUUAGUUCAGAUUUCAUUUUAUUCGAACUUUUCUGUUAUCCUUCGCAUUCCGCCCACGAGACUACAUCUAUGA